CCAGAGGUGCAAGAAACAGCCACUGCAGCAGGAGCAGCAAAAGCGUCAGCAGGAGCAGCAUCAGCGGCAACAAAAAACCCUCAUCAAAUCCUCACCUAGGCUCUCAGUGUAUCCAGAUCCACAUCUUCACUCAAGCCGGGAGAGGGAAAGAGGAAAGGGGGGGAGGAAAAAAAAAAAACCCAACAACUUAGCGGAAACUUCUCAGAGAAUGCUCCAAAACUCAGCAGUGCUUCUGGUGCUGGUGAUCAGUGCUUCUGCAACCCAUGAGGCGGAGCAGAAUGAUUCUGUGAGCCCCAGGAAAUCCCGGGUGGCAGCUCAGAACUCAGAAGCUGAAGCUGAUCUUAAGUCUUGCACAAGGGGUGCCUUGGCCUUGUUAUUCCACACCUGUGUUUCUCUUUUAAAAAAGAAAUGGCUUUUAAUAUGAGAGAGAUUAUGCAUACCUCUAAGCACUGUCCUAUGGUGGGGGUUGGGAUGAAACAUGAAUGGACCAGAUCCCUUUCUGCCAAUGGGAAGUGCAUUUUCGGAAGCCAAAUGGACUCCCUGGCCCUUCCACUUCCGAAACCUGCCCACCAGCCAUCGCCUCCUGUCUUCCCAUGCUUUCGGGCGCUAAGGGAUGCCCUUUGAUGCUACAGAGCUGCUUCAAGCACUUGCAUUCCGCAGAUUCUGGCCUUACUUCUCCAGCCACCAACAUUCUGAAGUGGUUCGCUGCCUCAACAGUGCGCUGCAGGUCGGCUGUGGGGCUUUUGCAUGCCUGGAAAACUCCACCUGUGACACAGAUGGGAUGUACGACAUCUGUAAAUCCUUCUUGUACAGCGCUGCUAAAUUUGACACUCAGGGAAAAGCAUUUGUCAAAGAGAGCUUAAAGUGCAUCGCCAAUGGGGUCACCUCCAAGGUCUUCCUUGCCAUUCGGAGGUGCUCCACUUUCCAGAGGAUGAUUGCUGAGGUGCAAGAGGAGUGCUACAGCAAGCUGAACGUGUGCAGCGUCGCCAAGCGGAACCCCGAAGCCAUCACCGAGGUCGUCCAGCUCCCCAAUCACUUCUCCAACAGAUACUAUAACAGGCUUGUCCGAAGCCUCCUGGAAUGUGACGAAGACACAGUGAGCACCAUCAGAGACAGCCUGAUGGAGAAAAUUGGGCCCAACAUGGCCAGCCUCUUUCACAUCCUGCAGACGGAUCACUGUGCCCAAACACACCCGCGAGCUGACUUCAACAGGAGGCGCACCAGCGAGCCACAGAAGCUGAAAGUCCUCCUCAGGAACCUCCGAGAAAAUUGCAUGAAACGAGGCUUCUGUAAUCAAUAUCCCAACAUUCUGCGAUGGCAGCAUUCCCACAGACAGAAUAUGUGUGAUCUUUCUGCCUCUCAGCAGGAGAAAGUACCCUCUUUUAUCACGUUCCUUCCCCAGGUCCCCUCAGACUCCUCUCAAACACAAAGCAUUUGCAUAAGGCCCAGUCAUUGUCAUUGGAAGCUGUGGGGCCCUUUAAGAUGGUUGCCCCAGUAGAGUUAGCUGAUGAGAAGCGACUUAAUUUAAAUGCAUGUCUUAAAUGCCCAUAAAGGUGUUAAAUGGAAUUCGUGUGAUGAAUCUGUGCUGGCCAUGGACGAAUAUGAAUGUCGUGUUUGAAUUCUUGAUCUCUCAUGAGCUAGUGUCUUACGGUCUUGAUCCUCCAGCGUGUAAUUUCCUUUCCAACACAUUUACCAAAUUGCUCAACCCUGGCUCUUCAAGCGGGUUUUGAGCCUGCAUCUUCUUGCAUCUAAUGAAAAACAAAAAGCUAACAUCUUUAUGUACUGUAACUGCUCAGAGCUUUAAAAGUAUCUUUAACAAUUGUCUUAAAACCAGAGAAUCUUAAGGUCUAACUGUGGAAUAUAAAUAGCUGAAAACUAAUGUACUGUACAUAAAUUCCAGAGGACUCUGCUUAAACAAAGCAGUAUAUAAUAACUUUAUUGCAUAUAGAUUUAGUUUUGUAACUUAGCUUUAUUUUUCUUUUCCUGGGAAUGGAAUUAACUAUCUCACUUCCAGAUAUCCACAUAAAUGCUCCUUGUGGCCUUUUUUAUAACUAAGGGGGUAGAAGUAGUUUUAUUCAACAUCAAAACUUAAGAUGGGCCUGUAUGAGAUAGGAAAAACCAACAGGUUUGUCUGAAGGACCCCGGGUAAAAUGUUAAUCUCCCAGCCCACCUCAACUCAGAGGCUACUCUUGACUUUGAUCUCUCCUGAAACGGCUCUGUCACAUCCAUCCGGGAAUCACAGGAACCCAAAAGAGCAUCCCUUUGGGCUUGGACCACUUACAGUGAGUGUGAUAAGGCCUAGUCUAUCUUGGGAAGUGGCAGUUCCUGACUCGCCCACCACCUUUCAUCGGUGAACCGAUGAUGGCGUGGGAGACUUUCCCUUAAGUCAGUCAGGAACGAGUCAGUCAGCCUUUGGGUCUUCAGUUCCGGGGACUUGGGGCUGAGGGGGUAUAAAGAACCCUGGGCUGUCCAGCCUUAAUAGACUCCUCUUACAUUUUUGUCCUGUAGCACACUGCCUGCCAAAGUAGUCCUGGCAGUUGGGCUAUCUCUGUAGGAUCGCAAAAAAAAAAAAAAAAAAACAACCAAAAAAAAACCAAAAACCAAAAACCAAAAAAAAAAAAAAAAAACGAAAAAAAGACCAAAAAACAAAAAAAAAAAAAAAGGAAAAGGAAAAAAAAGAAAAAAAGAAAAAAGAAAGAAAGAGGGAAACAGAGCUGGUGGUUUGAUUAUUUCUGCCGUGAUGUUUACAAGAUGGCAACCACCAAAGCCAAAUGAUUAACCUAUCUAUGAACAACAGUAGUUUCUCAGGGUCACCGUCCUUGAACCCAACAGUCCCUUAAGAGCGUCACUGCCCACCAAAGGUCAAUGUCGAGGGAGGAGGAAGGAGGAGGGGUAGGGCUAUAGGGGCCACUCCAAACUUGCUUAGGUAGAAACUAUUGGUGCUUGACUCUCACUAGGUUAAACUCAAGAUUUGACCAAACCGAGUGAUAGGGAUCCAGGUGGGAGGAGGGAGGGCACAUCUCCAG